UCUCAUUGGCCCGGACGCGCCGGAAGCGGCGCCGGUCGGAGGCGGCCCGCUCCUCCGUCGGUUGGCGUGGCGCCCGCCGCGGCCUGCCUCAGGCCUCCUGUUCGCUCCCCUCUCUCGCACCUUUCCGGCGGGGAGGAUCGCGUUUGUUUGCCUGGCUGCCGGAGCCCUUGGCGUUACUGCAGACCCGCGAACUUGCUGGUCCGGGGCCGGUGAGCCGGAGUGUCAUGUAACAGCUUAAAAUUUUCAUGUGAAAAUAGAAAAUGGCUUCAAGAGGAACAAUAGAGACCAGUAAACUAAAACAAAACUUGGAAGAGCAGUUGGAUAGAUUAAUGCAGCAGCUUCAAGAUCUGGAGGAAUGCAGAGAGGAGCUGGACGCAGAUGAGUAUGAAGAGACCAAAAAAGAAACUCUAGAACAGCUGAGUGAGAUCAAUGACUCCCUCAAGAAGAUUAUGUCUGGAGAUAUGACUCUGGUGGACGAGCUCAGCGGGAUGCAACUGGCAAUACAAGCAGCCAUCAGCCAAGCAUUUAAAACUCCAGAAGUAAUUAGAAUGUUUGCAAAGAAACAACCAAGGCAAUUGAGGACAAGGUUGGCAGAGAUGGACCGAGACUUAAUGGUUGGGAAGUUGGGACGAGACCUGUACACACAGCAGAAAGUAGAAAUCCUGACUGCCCUCAGAAAGCUUGGUGAGAAGCUCACUCCAGAUGAUGAGAUGUUCUUGUCGGCAAAUGCUGGUGCAGCCCUGAGCCAGUUUGAGAGAGUCUCCACUGACCUUGGAUCAGGAGACAAAGUUUUUGCUCUAGCAAGUUUUGAAGUAGAAAAGGCAAAACAAUGAAGAGGUGCGUGAGGCUUGUGUCUCUCCAGUUGUCAGCAGCAUUGGACUUCUGUCACAUUGCAUUUGUUUUUUCUAUUUUUAACACAUUGAAAAAAAGAAAAGCAAAACAAAAACAAAAAAACCCAAACCCUAAACCUCUUGGGUUCUUGACCAGAAGAUACGAAGUAAACAGCCUUAAGUGCACUUUGGAACCUCGGUGUCUGUACCCCUUAGUAAUAGAAGCUCUGAGGCUGAAAACUAAGUGGUACUCUAAAAACAAAAGCAUGGUAUGAUUGUCUUUCCAAAGAAUCAGCUAUUCUGAACUUCUCUGAAUGUGUCUUUCUCUAACUAUUAAAACGUAAUCUUUUUGCA